AUGCCCGCCUCGGAGCGGUACCGCACCCACGACGGCACCUGCAACAACAAGCGCCGGCCCAGGUGGGGCGCCGCCCAGAUGCCCUUCAACCGCUUCCUGCCGCCGGAGUACGGCGACGGGGUGGACACGGUCCGGAGCUCCGCCGACGGCAGCACCUUGUCCUCGUCCCGCUUCGUCAGCCUCCUGGUGCACGGAGCCCGGGAGGGAGAGGCGCCGCUCACCCUGAUGAUCGCCCAGUGGGGCCAGAUGCUCGACCACGACAUGACCUCCACGGCGCAGCCGCGCUCCAUCAAUGGCUCCAUACCCAGUUGCUGUGGCGGCAAGGACUUCCACCCCGCCUGCUUCCCCAUCAAAGUGCCGCUGGACGAUCCUUGGUUGGCCCCACUCAAGGUGCGCUGCCUGGAGUUCCUGCGGUCGGCUCCGGCCCAGCGACGCGACUGUGUGCUCUCCUGGCGGGAGCAGACCAACCAGGUGACCUCCUACAUCGACGCCUCGCCCAUUUACUCGAACAGCGCCAAGUCGUCGGACAAUGCCAGAGUCUUUCGGCACGGCCUGCUCGUCUAUGGUCGUGGUGAUCCCGCCGAGGAUGUGUGCCAACGGGGGGCCAUGGCCACCAAGUGCAUUCGAUCCGGAGACGGACGAAGUGGCGAGCAGCCGGGACUGCUGGCCAUGCACCAUGUUUGGGUGGGCGAGCACAACCGGAUCGCUCUCGAGCUGAGCGAACUGAAUCCCCAUUGGAGCGAUGAGAAGGUGUACCAGGAAACGCGGCGCAUUGUGGGCGCCAUGUUCCAGCACAUCACCUUCCGGGAGUUCCUGCCCGUCAUCCUGGGCAGGGAGGUGGCCAAGCUCUUCGACCUGGAACUGAUGCCCUCGGGCUACUACGAACGGUAUAGUUCCAAGGUGAAUCCCACGGUUGCCAACGCCUUCGCAGCUGCCGCCUUUCGCUUUGGCCACUCUCUCGUCCAGAAUUCCUACACGAGGUGCGAUCGUCAUCACAAUGUGAUCAAUAAUAAUGUCAGCCUGCAUGAGGAGUUCCAGCGUGGUGACAUUGGCUCGGCGGGCUCACUGCAUCGACUCCUGCGUGGCCUGGCCUCCCAGCGGGCUCUCAAGAGGGAUGAGUUCAUCACCCCCGAGCUGACCAACCACCUCUUCCAAACCCCUGGCUUUCCCUUCGGCUUGGACCUGGCUGCCAUCAACAUCCAGAGGGGCAGGGACCAUGGCAUAGCUCCCUACAGUGCCUGGCGAGUGCCCUGUGGUCUCAGCCCCAUCCUCAGCUGGGAUGACUUUGCAAACGUAGUGGGUCCGGAGUCGGCGAAGCGCAUUGGCCACGCCUACCGCAGCGUGCACGACAUCGAUCUGUUUGUGGGCGGCAUCGCGGAGCGUCCUGUGGUGGGCGGUCUGGUGGGUCCGACCUUCGCCUGCAUCAUCGCCCAGCAGUUCAGCAACGCCAGGCGAGGGGAUCGCUUCUGGUACGAGAACGGCGGCUUCGAGAGCUCCUUCACCCCCGCCCAACUGCACUCCCUGCGCCGCACGUCCCUGGCCCAGGUCCUCUGCCGCACGGUGGGCGGUGGCACCCUCCAGCCGCACGUCUUCAUCCCGGCCGAAUUCGAGGACAACGAGCGACAGACCUGCGGAGUGGGCACCCUCUCACCGAUCGAUCUGAGUCCCUGGUUGGAGCAGGAUCCCUUCCACAAUCAACAGGUUCCCGACCAGGUGUUCACCAUCGGGCAGCCGGAGCUGGGUUCGGUGCAGGUCAUCAAGGAGGAAAAGGCGGGCUUCUCGAACCGGGUGAAGCCCAUCAAACCACAGGCUGAGAUCAGCUCCUCCCCAGUGAGCGGGUUCCACCGACCAGCCAGCAGUGGAAACUCCAGCAAAGUUAGUGACAAACUCGACAUCAGACGCAAGACAGUGACGAACAAGAACACCAACAACAACCGACAGACCGCACCAACUAGGAAGACUGGAAGUGGUGUUAACAACAAACUGGACAAGUCACCAAAGAUCACGAUCAACAUCAAGAGCGUGAAUGUGAGGAGACCAGAGGGAUCGGGUCCCAAGAGAAGGGUGGUCAUCAACAAUGUGCCCGUAGAGCUACGAAGCUCAGGAGGGGGUAACGAAACUGAGACGGAGUCGCAGACGGGAAUGGGAACUUUGACGGGGGAGGAGAACGACGAGGAGUUCAACGACGACGAUGAACUGGACAUGGAGGAGGUGAUUGAAGUAAGAGCCAACAGGGACGACCCUUCAAGGACUACCGAGACAGAGACGAACACAACUGUAACUGACGCGAAGGCAACGACGGUUGGGGGGAACGAAAAGGACACCUCUAAGAAACCACUUGGACAGUCUACAGAAGCACCGCAGACGGAAAGACGUGACGCCAGAGACCUGAAAGAGCAGAAGGAGACAAAGACACUGGACCAGACCGGGGACUCUCGACUACUGCACCUUCAACGCAAUCGGACCUUCACCAUAAGGGACUUCCAGACCAGCUCCACCGUGAGCUUGGACCGCUCCACGCGACAGACCAAGGCGCCCAAGAUCAGUAAACCCACGAAAAGGGCCGUCGAACUGAGACAGUACCAGAACAGACCGCUCUACGAAAGACCCCAGAAGGUGGUGGUCAACGGACCGAACGCCGACCAGUACGAGAUUGAGAUUAACAUCAGACAGACGAACAAGAACCCCGUAUCGCGACCCUCGACGACCGACUACGGGGAGUACACGACUGCCCACAAACCCUACUACGACUCGAACUACGCACCGCACUACGUGGACUACGCAAGUACUACUCCCAUUCCACUGCCCAGCUAUGGGUACCACCAACCUCUCUCCGAGAUUAUCUCGCAGGGCGUGAGGACCAAGCCACCGACCAUUAUCUAUCUGAACGACAACGACGACAGACGAACGACGACCCGGGCACCGAACAUCUUCCAGAACUUCCUGACCUUCGCCACGAACAGCUUCAACCCCCUGGGCAUCCGACGACCCAUGCCCACGACUCCGUCCCCCAUCUCCCAGAGCCACAAGGAUCGACCGCAGUUCGAGAACAAUGUGGUCCACAGUCCCAUCAGUAACUCACACAUACUGAGCGGAGGCUCCACCUCAUUCUCACCGCGUCCGGGCUCGGUGCUCUCGUAUCCGGUGGCCACCAGUACUCAGAUUGGCGGCAAUCCCGCAUCCGGUUUUCUGCACGCCUCUAGCAGCGCAGUGAGUUCGGGGCACUUUGGCAGUAUCUCGGGAGUGGCCACGGCCAAUGGGGCAGACAGCACUUUCAGCUUCAAUAUACGACCACCUCCUCGUCCGGAACUGGGAUCGGUGGUGAGCUCCUAUCCAAGACCUUCCAAUCAGGGCGGUAUAGUGGAAGGAGGGGGAUCCUACAGACCAGACUACGCACCUGCCCAGAGCGAACUGUACUACGACAGAGAACUGAGCAGUGACCGAAAUCCCAGUCCCUUCUCCGGGUCCAGUUCCGCUUUCAGACCACAAGCACAGACAUUCUACGGACGGACACCGGAACUCAAGGAGGCGGGCACCAGCAACAACAGCAACGAACUGACCCAGACGGAGCACAAACUGUACCUACAGGACUACGACUAUGUGAGCAGGACUCUGUCCAACUUGACCCACGACGAAAGUCACCCGACUGAAGAGGACGCGGACUACGUGUACGACGAAGACCUACCCAGCAAUGACCUGGACCAGACGGAGACGCGGAAAGACACCGAACCAACAGAGUUCUCGACCAAAAAGUUUGACAAGGACGGCUACAUGCGACCACAACUGAUGCGGGUCUCGACCCAAAACUCGACCGGCACCAACGUGACCUCACUGGACGACAACUACGUAAUGCCCAUGCUGGAGAACAGGACGCAGACGGGUUACGUGACCGAGGUGCCCAAGCCCAUGCUGUCCACCUCCAGCCGGACUGAGACGAACAGCAAGGUGACUGUCUUCCCGGACAGCCUGGGCAAGCAGUUGGGCAAUGACAUUCUCGCCGACGAGACGGACGACUACGUGGACGGGAACGCGGAGGCGCGACUGAAGGCCCAGAGGUUAAAGCAACUGGCCAGCGUGGCCUUCGCACCCAUAACAGUACUGACGAAACCGGACCGACCGGACAACUGGGUGAUCUACAACAAGGCCAGCGAGGAACCCCCUCUGCCACAGCCACCGACAGUCAAUAUGGAUGUGGCGCCCACCGGAGAGGUGCCCACACCCAUCAAAAACUUCAACAACGCCUGGCUGAAGCAGGAUCUUAAGGUUCAGCCGGAAACAUCGAAGGUUUCCAUGUCGAAUACUAAAUCGGAAGAUGUGCCAACCAGUUCGGAAUCCUCUACAGAAGCGAGAAAGGACACAACUGGGGCAGCUGCGGCCAGUAACUAGAUAUGCCAAAUUAGCCCUAGAUUACCUAUUUAUUUAUUUCUACUUUAGAAGCAUGAAUUAAAUCGAAACUAUUACUCAAAGUUCGCAUACUGGUUGCUAUAUUGAUUGGUUUUUGUCCUGUUCUCUUAGUGGAGGUACUAAUACGUAAAGUAUAAAAUCAGACUUAA